GGGCGAGGCGUUUUGUACAUUCGCGCGUGGCAAGAUACCGGGUCGUCACUCUUCGAUUGGGCCAACGUUCAUCGCCGACUCACCUGCCGCUAACAAAGCGUCGCUGCGUCCUUUAUUUUAUUUAAAAAAAAAAUAAAGGAGGGAGUGGUGAGCAAAGUCCGCCCAAUCACGCCGAGUCACGCGGAACAAAUGCGAGAAUCGACUGCCGGAUCGCAGCAGAGACUCCCACGAAGGGUUGCGCCGCUCGCGUCAAAUCCCCCGGAUAAAAGCGCAUUGUUGUCGUCCGUGUCCCAACAAUUAUCCCGGGACACAUGGCUUCAAGUGCGAGGAGCCGCAGCGGCAGGGUGAGCGCCGAUGCCCAGGUACGGUUGCUCACUUGCCGGCUCACCUGGCACGCCAGCCUCCUGCUCCUGUGCUGGAUGAUGCCUGCGCUGCCACUCACCUUCGCGCGCACAGGACAUGAAGAAGGUUCAUUCUCUGUGGCUUCAGAGAGCCAGACGAGCAAGCUAUCUUGGUACGAUAUUACUGUACCAUACACAUUGGAAGGUAGACAAAGACGAGACAUCACCCAUAAAGGGUUGAAGUUCGAGCAUCCAGAGAGGCUUGAAAUAUUCCUGGAGGUGGCUGGACAGGCUGUCCUGCUCCUGCUGGAGAGAAACAAACACCUGAUACCACCUCAUUUUAAAGUUUCGCACAAUGGCAGUGCAAGUAUGCAAGACCUCAACUACAGAACACACUGCUUCUACCAUGGGAGCGUGGCUGGUCAAAACGAGUUGAGCGUCGCUCUCAGCACUUGUGAUGGACUCCGGGGUCGGUUUCUGUGGCAUGGGGUAAGCUACGCCAUUGAGCCGCUGGAAGGGUCAAUGCGGGGAGAGCACCUCGUGUAUAAGCUGGAGGACUUGAAUACCGGCGGUUUGGGCUGCGGGGUCGUCCAUGAAAAUGUCACCCAUUUUGAAGACUUGCCCUCUCUUCCAAUUGUGCUUCGGAAGAAACGUGCCAUCCUAAAUGAUACAACCAGGUGGGUAGAGUUCGUCCUGGUGGUGGGUGCCACCCUGUAUAAAAACAGAUAUAACAGCAACAGGAGCAGUAUGGUCACAGACGUGGCCGCCAUUGUGAACUUGGUGGACUUGGACUACAAAACCAUAAACAUCCGCGUGGUGCUGGUCGGACUUCAUUUAAUGACGACGGAAGAGCAGGCAUUGGUGGUUCAGGACGGUGAUGCUGCUGGUUCGGUUGUUGGGAAGUUUGCCAAGUGGCGGCAGACGAACUACAACAUCCUGGGGCGGCACGACUGUGGACAUCUCUUGACCUGGGAAUCGUAUGGAGCAAUUGUGGGGAUGGCAUAUGUGGGAACAAUCUGCUCCAGAAGUUCUUCUGCUGGUAUCGCCUCGAUGCCGACACGGCAAAUUCCAUCCGUGGCAGCUGUGGUGGCUCAUGAAAUGGGUCACAACUUGGGGAUGAGCCACGACCGAUCGCCCUGUCAAUGCAGCACCCCCUGCAUCAUGAACGCUGGCUUGGUGAACCCGCCACCAACAGCGUUCAGUCAGUGCAGCACCGACGACUUUGAGAACCUGAUUUUGGUGCAGCACGGUGGUUCCUGCCUUCUCAACGUGCCCACCCCCAACGAGGAAUUCCGGCAGCCCGUUUGCGGAGACAGCAUUGUAGACAAAGGCGAGGACUGUGACUGCGGGUCGCCGCAGGAAUGUAACAAUCCCUGCUGUGAAGCAAGCACUUGUAGGCUUAAGGUCAACGCUGAGUGUGCCUAUGGCUUGUGCUGCAAGGAAUGCAAGAUCAUGGGCCAAGGCGAGAGUUGCCGCCCAUCAGUGGGAGCCUGCGACCUGCCCGAGUACUGCAAUGGCUCCUCGCAGUUCUGUUACACGGACACCUUCAUACAGAAUGGAUACCCGUGUCAAAACAGUUCCGCCUACUGCUACAACGGUGUCUGUCUCACGUUGGACUACCAGUGCCGGAGCAUCUGGGGAGGCAAUGCUGUUUCGGGAUCGGAUAAUUGCUAUCUUAUUGUGAACACUAAAGGAAAUGAAUUUGGCAACUGUGGCCAAGGAACAAACGGAUAUAUAACCUGCACCACAGCGAAUAUUAAGUGUGGGAAGCUGGUGUGUGAAAACACACCCUCGAAGCCGCUCAUCGUCGACGCCCCAAACUUUGCCAGCUACCAAGGUUGCAAUGCCGUCAGCUUCAAUUACGGCACAGAUAUUCCUGACCCUGGUCUGGUGCAGCCCGGCACCAAGUGUGGCAGCAACAGCGUGUGCAUGGACAACCAGUGCCAGAACGCCACAGUGGUUAUGGGCACCCUCUGCAAUACGACUCAGAAGUGCAGUGGACAUGGGGUUUGCAACAACAACUUGAACUGCCAUUGCAAUGAUGGUUAUGCACCACCUGACUGCUAUUAUUCUGGGUAUGGUGGCUCUAUUGAAAGCGGAAAUUCAUACAAACCAAGCUCCAGGCAGCUGUGGCUGCUGCUUCUGCUUCUGUUCAUUCCACUCAUCGCCGGGGGUGCUUACUUCUACUGGUCGCGGCACGGCGGAGGCCGGCCAAGCCGCCGGAAGGGACGCGGCGCUGCUGCUCCUUUUGGCAUGCCAAGAAAACCCGCCCCAGCUGCCGCUGCAGCUCGCAACCAAGGUACGCCUACGGUGGCAGUUAUUACACCAGGGAACCCUCCAGCCAGGCCACCACCACCAGCUAAUAUCAGUGCAGUUAAUGGUGGCUAUAAACCUCAUACUUCCCAACCUCAGUGGCCGCUGCCGGAUGUCACUCCCUCCAAUUAUCCAGCCAGGCCCCCAAAAGCCAUUGCCAGUGCUCCCCAUCCCGAGAACGUCAACUAUAGAGACAUUGAUCCCAAGCAGGAGCUGCCAUCAUCAUUAAUUUCGCCAGUCAGGCCACCGCCAGCCAUUCCGAGUGCUCACACGAACGCCGGCUAUGAUAACUAUCCCGAGUCUCAGCAACUGUCAUCGUCAAGUAGUGCUCCACGGAUUAAUCCAGUCAGACCCCCGCCAGCCGUUCCCAAUGUUGGCUUCUCCACGGAUGUCAGCUAUGUUCCCCACGACUCCCAGGAUCACAGCGUGGUUAUGCUGGGCAAUCAUCAACCGGGUUGGAAUCCACCUGUGCCACAGCGGCCCAAAAAAAGUGCUUGACAGAGAGAGCCCUCUUUGCAGGCACGCAAUCAUCUCCAGCCAUUCAUCUUAAAUCUCCAGCCAUUCAUCUUCAUCUCCAGCCUAAAUCCUUGCCGAAUGCACUUGUGUUCCACAGUGAACAACAAAUGUUACGAAUCUCAGGGUUGGGGGAAGCGGCGCUGAUUUUAUGUUUUAUUAUCUUGAGCACAGGCUGAGCCUGGAAUGCAUCAUAUAAGCUCCAACCGAAUGAGGUUUUUAAAUAAAAUUAACGUGACUAUAGUGAAAGUUAACUUUGGCCACAUGCCUUCUCAUAGUUAAAGCUUUUAUAAAGAUGGGGAGUAUAUGGUCCUUUAGGAACACUCAUUAGGGACGACGGUAGAAGAGGAAAACAAUGAGGAACAUGUGCUGCUAUGAUCACCUCGUGAUGCUUAAACGAAGUGGUAAAAGUGUAUAUUGAAGUUAAUAUUCUUGCUUCUUUCGGUAAAGUCACGUAGAAGGGAAACGAUUAAAUAAUAACAAUAUAAAACAAUAAAAUUCUCACGACGUUUCGACUGCAACACAAGCAAUCGUCAUCGG